CGCGCUCUGUGUGGCCGCUGCCGCCAUGUUGUUGUGGUUGUGAGAAGGCGGCGGCGGCGGCGGCGGAGCAGCCGGCGGAGACGCUCCAGCGGCCCAGGCGCUGGCCCCCGCCGACCCUGGCUGGCAGCCUCCUGGGGUGGCGGAGGAGGCCGUGCGGUGGCGGGCCUCGCCAUGUCCUGCCGCCUGAUUUCCUUGUGAAACCUUGUAGAAGAAAAAGUUCUCAGGACGAUAUUCAUUUGUGCUUCAGAGUCACAGACUGGUGCAAGCUGGCUAGCUAGAGAACAAAAUCAGUGAACCCCCAGUUCAGCAGCAGAUCCUGCCUUAGUAAAUAAAGUGUAAAAGGCCUCAAGCAGAAGAGAAAGAAGAGCAUUGUCAUAGACUGAAGAAGGACACGGUCUCUCCUGACCUGGCCCGGUCAUGGAUGAAGAGAUGCGGCAUAGCCUUGAGUGCAUCCAGGCCAAUCAGAUCUUUCCCAGGAAGCAGCUGAUCCGGGAGGAUGAGAAUCUUCAGGUUCCUUUCCUUGAACUUCAUGGAGAGAGCACAGAGUAUGUGGGCCGUGCUGAGGAUGCCAUUAUUGCCCUUUCUAACUACAGACUGCACAUCAAGUUUAAGGAGUCUCUUGUUAAUGUUCCAUUACAGCUUAUAGAAAGCGUUGAAUGCCGUGAUAUAUUUCAGCUUCAUUUGACAUGCAAAGAUUGCAAAGUUAUCAGGUGUCAGUUCCCAACCUUUGAGCAAUGUCAGGAUUGGCUUAAGAGAUUGAACAAUGCAAUCCGACCACCUGGUAAAAUAGAAGAUCUCUUCUCAUUUGCAUACCAUGCUUGGUGCAUGGAGGUCUACGCCAGUGAAAAGGAGCAGCAUGGAGACCUGUGCAGACCAGGGGAACAUGUGACGUCAAGGUUUAAGAAUGAAGUGGAGCGGAUGGGUUUUGAUAUGAACAAUGCCUGGAGGAUUUCCAACAUCAAUGAGAAAUACAAAUUAUGUGGUAGUUAUCCACAAGAGCUCAUAGUACCUGCUUGGAUCACUGACAAAGAACUGGAAAGUGUGGCAGGCUUCAGAUCCUGGAAGCGCAUCCCUGCUGUCAUCUACAGGCACCAGAGCAAUGGAGCUGUCAUUGCCCGCUGCGGACAACCAGAGGUUAGCUGGUGGGGCUGGCGAAAUGCUGAUGAUGAACAUCUAGUGCAGUCAGUGGCCAGAGCCUGUGCUUCUGACUCCCAGUCAAGUAUCAGCAAGGUUUCCACUCGGAACAGUUGUCGAGACUUUCCCAAUGCAGGGGAUCUUUCAGAUGUGGAGUUCGAUUCCUCUCUGUCAAACCCGUCAGGAGCAGAGAGUUUAGCUCUCCAACCCCAGAAGCUUUUGAUCUUGGACGCUCGCUCCUAUGCAGCAGCUGUGGCAAAUAGAGCCAAAGGAGGAGGCUGUGAGUGCCCAGAGUAUUAUCCUAACUGUGAAGUUGUGUUUAUGGGAAUGGCAAACAUACAUUCUAUCCGGAGGAGUUUCCAGUCUCUGCGACUGCUGUGUACACAGAUGCCAGAUCCUGGAAAUUGGCUUUCUGCUCUUGAAAGUACAAAGUGGCUCCAUCACCUGUCUGUGCUUCUGAAGUCGGCACUUCUUGUGGUGCAUGCUGUGGACCGUGAUCAGCGACCAGUGCUGGUGCACUGCUCAGAUGGCUGGGAUCGGACUCCCCAGAUUGUGGCCCUAGCUAAGCUCCUACUUGACCCUUAUUACCGAACCAUAGAGGGUUUCCAAGUCCUUGUGGAGAUGGAGUGGCUGGACUUUGGCCAUAAGUUUGCUGACCGGUGUGGUCACGGGGAGAACUCAGAUGAUCUGAAUGAGCGUUGUCCAGUGUUUCUACAAUGGCUGGACUGUGUUCAUCAACUUCAGAGGCAAUUCCCUUGCUCUUUUGAGUUCAAUGAAGCAUUCCUUGUGAAACUGGUACAGCAUACCUAUUCCUGUCUCUUUGGAACAUUCCUGUGCAACAACGCCAAAGAGAGAGGGGAAAAGCAGACUCAGGAACGGACAUGCUCUGUGUGGUCGCUUCUUCGAGCAGGCAACAAGGCUUUCAAAAACCUACUGUAUUCAUCUCAGUCAGAAGCCGUGCUCUACCCCGUGUGCCAUGUGCGGAAUCUGAUGCUGUGGAGCGCAGUGUACCUUCCCUGCCCAUCCCCGUCUACCCCCACAGAUGACAGCUGUGCACCAUACCCAGUCCCAGGCACCAGCCCUGAUGAGCCCCCACUGAGCCGGCUACCCAAGACUAGAUCAUUUGACAAUCUGACUACAACCUGCGAAAACAUGGUGCCACUGGCCAGCCGGCGCAGCAGUGACCCCAGCCUGAAUGAGAAGUGGCAGGAGCACGGGCGCUCGCUGGAGCUGAGCAGCUUUGCCAGCACUGGGGAAGAGGUGCCUGCUAUGGACAGCCUGCGCAAGCCCAGCAGGCUGCUCGGAGGUGCUGAGCUGUCUGUGGCAGCCGGUGUGGCUGAAGGGCAAAUGGAGAACAUUUUGCAAGAGGCCACCAAAGAGGAGAGUGGGGUAGAAGAGCCUGCCCACAGGGAGCACACUGAGGUGCCAGAGGUCAAAGAGGAGCCACCCUUAGCAAAAGAAAGUAGGAUGGCAGCCGAGGGCCCCGUUGUACUUUACCAAGAACCACAGCUGGAUGGUGCUGCUUUAAGAAGCCAUCUAGGCCCCAGCCUGUCUUUGUUCUCCCAGGGUAUUCCUGAACAUCAGGAUGGGCAUGAUGUUCUCUCUAGUUCACUCCAACCUCCUCUCAGGGGAGAGGACUCCCAGGAGGUCCCUGUAGAACAGCCUCAAGUAGAGAAUAUUGCAAAGGACAGGGAGAAUAUAGCUCCUGCUGUCCCAGUAGAUGCAAAAGUUGGCCUUGGUACCUUACAGUCUAGUUCUCUGCUGCCUUCCCAAGUCCCAUUUGAGACAAGAGGACCACACAUGAACAACUCCGUGCAUAUGUUACUAGAAGAUAAGGUGAAGUCAGAAAGUAGGCCCCAGCUCCAUCACAGACCUUGCCCGGUAAGCAGUGGUAGAUUCAGUGGCAAGGACAUGCUUCCUGUAGCACCAGAGCCCAGGUCUGCUGAGAGGCCCCAAUGGGACUCUGUGCUACACAGGACUUCACCCCCUGGCAACACCCUUAGCCUGAUGCAGGCUCCUUGUGCCUUGCCGUUAGAUAAGUGUAGACAGGGAAUUGUGUGCAACGGUGCCCUAGAGACUGAAAACAAGGCCUCAGAACAGCCUGCAGGGUUUGACACCCUUCAGAAGUACCCCACACCCAAUGGGCAUUGUGCCAAUGGGGAGGCUGGGAAGAGCAAGGACUCACUGAGCCACCAGCUGUCUGCCACAAGCUGUGGCUCUGCUCACUUGUACUCAAGGAACUUGCCCCACAAGUGGCUGAAUAGCCACUCAGGGAGGCCAUCCACGACCAGCAGCCCUGACCAGCCUUCCCGCAGCCACCUGGAUGACGAUGGCAUGCCUGUGUACACGGACACAAUCCAACAGCGCCUGCGACAGAUAGAAUCUGGCCACCAGCAGGAAGUGGAGACCUUGAAGAAACAAGUCCAGGAGUUGAAGAGUCGCCUGGAGAGCCAGUACCUGACCGGCUCUCUGCGCUUCAAUGGAGACUUUGGAGAUGAAGUGACUUCAAUCCCCGACUCGGAAAGCAAUCUGGAUCAGAACUGUUUGUCUCGCUGCAGCACAGAGAUUUUCUCUGAAGCCAGCUGGGAGCAGGUGGAUAAACAGGACACAGAGAUGACUCGUUGGCUACCUGACCACCUGGCUGCCCACUGCUAUGCCUGUGACAGUGCCUUCUGGCUCGCCAGUAGGAAACACCACUGCAGGGAUACUGACCGUGUUGAUCAAACGUGGAAUUGUGGGAAUGUAUUCUGCUCCAGUUGUUGUAACCAGAAGGUUCCAGUUCCUAGCCAGCAGCUCUUUGAACCCAGUCGAGUGUGCAAGUCUUGCUAUAGCAGCCUCCAUCCCACAAGCUCCAGCAUUGACCUUGAACUGGAUAAGCCUAUUGCUGCCACUUCAAACUGAAGCUCAGUGACCUGGGGGAGCAGAGGCCAUGCUGCUGUUCUUUUAACAGGCUCAUACACAGCCUGGGCAGUCCAAGAGGCCCAUACAUUUUGGAAUGGGGGCAUGGAACAACCUGUACAGAGAUUGGGAUGUACCACUGGAUUGUAAAUUGAUUUUUGUUUCAUCUCCCCUUCCCUUCCAUCCUCUUCUUUGCCUUCUAAAAAGAAAAAUACCCCAGUUGUCUUAAUUUUUUUUUUAAUGGAAGCCCAGAGGUUACCAGGCUGAGCCGCUUGCUGUCAGUCAUUCUGUGAGAUCACUCAGUGCUUCCCUGUGGGAGGAGCCAGAAUGAAGGCCUGAGACAGCAGGACAGAAAGCCAGCCUAACAUUAGUAACCAUUCUUCACAUCCCACUAUGGCAGAGUUGACUGGCAAGCCUUUGCUGCUGGGGAGGCUGGAAGCCCUUUUCUAGAGAGUACUGUUCCUGAGAGGGAUAGGGCCGUCCCACCUCACAGACGAAAAGCAGGAUGGCGUUGGGAGGAAGGCACACAGUGAGCUACUCCCCAGGCCUCACUUUGGAACGAGAGGUAUGUGCUGCUUUUGAGUUAACUGAGGGGCUAGAUGGCUGACGUGUUGGCCCACGUGGAUCCCAACUUUAGCAUGACCAAGAUCGGGUAGGGCUCUCUCUGCCUCCUGGGCUUCCAGACCGAAAGGUACAGACUGGCCAAAAAGCGGUGUCCUCCUGCAGUGGUCAAGGCCUACACUGAGUGAGGCACCUGGGAGCCCCCUCUGGGUCCUAGUUCUACAAGCAAUCUCUUCCUCAGCCACCACAGGGAAAUCCAGACUCAGGGUUCCACAAGUCUCCUAUUCCCAAAGCAAACCAAUCAUGCAUCUCCCCUUGUGGGACAGAAUCCCCACAGUUCCAAAGCUCUCCACACAAUCAGCCUUCCUUUUCUACUUCUGGGACAGCAGGAAGGACCCAGGAGUCCCUUGUCCUGCUUCUGGCUGCCUGAGUGGGCACAUGUCUGACUCCUGCUAUCUAUCAAUGAAGAGCCCUUGAUGAUUGUAGGGCUCUAAGAAAAUGACAUGGCCUGGAGGAGAUUCAGGGUACCUUUCCCCAGUGAGCUUUGAUGUGGUUCAAAAAGAGCCUUAAACCAGUAGUUCUCUGUGGUGGAGGUGGGCAUGGGAAGGGUGGAGAGCAGUUUUGGUUUGUGCUUUGAAUUGUUGGCAUCUGUGUUUGUGACCAUCCCACCCCCCAAGGGUGAUGCUUAGCUCUGCUAAGAGCUGCAAACUGGUAACAGAGCAGAUUAUAGUGUGGGGGCAGGGUGAAGUUGGGAGACACCUCAGUUCUAGCCUAGCCUAUAUCCUUGCCCCUCCCCUCUGGACGCUGUUACCUGGCCAUGGGCCUUCUGUGUCUCAGGAAGGUGGCUUCUGCAUGUUCCUCAGUAUGGAUGCAAGAAACCAGAAGCCUUCCCUAGUCUGCUGAAGGGAAGGCUGGAGUAUCGAGUAUUGCUCAUCCCUCCGGGAGCAAGUCAGGCAGAGGCCGAGCUUAGUGAAACAGGGUGAAGUGCUCCAUGCUCUCUCUGGUCUGGAGUAGGGGUGGGAAAAGGUUGGCAUAAUUGAAGAUUGUGCAGUUCCUAGUGACGGGUGCCAAGAGGGUAUGAUACGGGUUUCUUGGGUCUGUUGUACAGUGUGAAUAAAUGCUUGCAGCUCUUAGCCCUUUUUGAUCAAUGAAGCACUUUUUUUAUUAAUAUUUUCUUUGUAUGUAAAGGAGGAACCAUAACUCUCCGUAGCUGUACAUAUAACCCUUUUCUCCUAAAGAGGAGUCAGUGCUCCUAUAUUUUUCAUUUUUUGUCAAAGCAAGAAGUAAAUACUUUAGAAUUGUUAAAUAUAUAGAUAAAGUGAAUAAAGUUGAGUGUCCGCACGGUGGCAUCUGCAAACGAGUUCUAAUUCUUUGCCCUGUAGUUUAAACUCUCUUUGUCCCUUUUCCCCUGACAUAGGAGCAGUGGUUUGAGGAACUGCUGGGAGUUUGACCUUAAGCAAAGGAAAACUGCACAUUUCAGCCCAGACCUUGGCAAAGGGACCUCCCAGGAUGCCCAGGCACUCUAGUCCACUUUCUCAAGGAUUUGCCUGUGAGGUCUGCCAGGCUGAGAGAGGGCAGAGCACUGGUCAUCAUAAGGACCAACUGCAUAUCCAUAGUAGUCAGUGUACCUCCAGCCUGGAGUCUCCUUUCCUUUCAAAUGGGAACUUGUCAUUUAACACAGGCUGGCACACAUGCUAUUUGUAAGGCCACUGAGCCUAGCAGCAGCUGACUGCCCUAGGGCUAAGAACCUCUUAAGUGCUUAGAACCUUGGGUGUUUAUACCUAGCUCACAGCUAAGACCUGGAAAGCAGCCAUUGGAAUUUUUUUAAGCAUUUACUUAUUUUUCAACAACCAAAGAGCAGUGAGCUCCUAACCAUAGUAAUCCAUCCAGUCCCUAGCAUGUGAUUUCAGGUAUUACAUGUAGUGAUUGAUUUAGUCAUUCAUUAUGUGCUUAUGUGCAUGUACUUAUGUGCAUGUGUUGUUUGUGACAUGGCACAUGUGUGGCAAUUAGAGGACAAUCUAGCAUUCGGUUUGCUCUUUCCAUAUGUGAUCUGGGGAUCAAAAUUGUCGUGCCUGGUGACAAGCACAUUUGUUAUCUGCACCAUUCUGUCAACUCAGUCUUGGUAAAUACAGUGCCACAAAGCCUCACUGCUGGCUUUUCUGGCAGGAACCUCACCACUUCAAGGAUCGGAUGCAGAGAUAAGUGACAGACAGCAUCAACCAGAUGGCACGGGGUCCUUCUUCCAGCUGCACUUGGCUUUUCCCCCGGUCCUAAGCCUGAAAAGCAAGUUCUUGAAGUCUCUUCCUCCGGAAGAGCUUCUUGUCUUCCUGCCCUUCGUUUUCCUAGAAGGCCAACUCCCAUGCCAUUCCUUCACUGGUUCUUGAGGCCCCAGGUUCUGCUCCUGUCCCCAGGGGCCACCCCCCAUCCAUCUGGCUUUCUCAUCCUUACAGUGCACCUGCACUGAUACUCCCAGUCCCGAGGCUGCCCCUGUACUGUACCCCUUGCUGCUCCCUGGGUGCAUGAGUCCUCGAGUCACAGCUCUCUGACCUGGAACACUUGCUUCCUAGAAGCCUGAGACAUCAGGCUAGGGGUGGCUCAGUGUUGGGACAUUUCUUAACAUCAGUAACCUGAAUCAACAAGGUCUCUC